UUAUAUCUUACUAUGGAGAGAGUAUACCUGGAAAAGAAGGAACCACCUGGUCCUGAUGAAGAAGCAGUUGUGGAUCUUGGAAAAACCAGUUCAACCAUCAAUACCAAAUUUGAAAAGGAAGAACUGGAAAGCCAUCGAGCUGUGUAUAUUGGUGUACAUGUCCCAUUUAGUAAAGAAAGUCGCCGACGUCAUAGACAUCGUGGUCACAAGCAUCAUCAUCGAAGAAGAAAAGACAAAGAAUCAGAUAAAGAAGAUGGCCGUGAGUCUCCUUCUUAUGACACACCAUCCCAGCGUGUCCAGUUUAUUCUUGGUACUGAAGAUGAUGAUGAAGAGCACAUUCCCCAUGAUCUCUUCACUGAAAUGGAUGAACUUUGUUAUAGGGAUGGUGAAGAAUAUGAGUGGAAGGAAACUGCUAGGUGGCUGAAAUUUGAAGAGGAUGUUGAAGAUGGUGGGGAUCGAUGGAGCAAGCCUUACGUGGCGACCUUAUCUUUGCACAGUCUGUUUGAGCUGAGGAGCUGCAUCCUGAACGGAACGGUUAUGCUGGAUAUGAGAGCAAGCACUCUGGAUGAAAUAGCAGAUAUGGUGCUGGACAACAUGAUUGCCUCUGGCCAGUUGGAUGAUUCAAUAAGAGAGAAUGUCAGGGAGGCUCUUUUGAAGAGACAUCAUCAUCAAAAUGAGAAAAGGUUCACGAGCCGGAUUCCGCUUGUGCGGUCUUUUGCAGAUAUAGGCAAGAAACAUUCUGAUCCUCACUUGCUUGAACGGAAUGGGGAAGGCCUUUCAGCCUCCCGCCACUCUUUACGAACAGGCCUAUCUGCUUCAAAUCUUUCACUGAGAGGAGAAUCACCUUUGUCCCUUCUCAGUCAUCUUCUUCCUUCUUCACGAGCUGGGACUCCGGCAGCCUCCAGGUGUACAACCCCAACACCCACCCCUCAAAACAGUCCACCCUCCAGUCCUAAAGUCAGUCGACUGGAUUCCAGAAGUUCUCAGCAGAGUCAGCUUCAGGUCCCAGAAUUUCUGAUUUCAUCUGCCAGUGAUGAUAUCCCCACAGUAGUAAUUCAUCCACCUGAGGAAGAAUUAGAAGCACUGCAGUGCCAGGAGCAGAAGAAGGAGGAAAAUAUUGACCUAAGCCCAGGCGUUUUGGCAUCUCCACAGUCAGCACCUGGAAACUUGGACAGUAGCAAAAGUGGAGAAGCUAAAGGUAAUGGAGCUGGAGGAAGCAGAGAGAAUAGUACUGUUGACUUCAGCAAGGUUGACAUGAAUUUCAUGAGGAAAAUUCCCACAGGAGCUGAAGCAUCCAAUGUUUUGGUGGGAGAAGUGGAUUUUUUGGAAAGGCCUAUCAUUGCAUUUGUGAGGCUGUCCCCAGCCGUCCUCCUUUCUGGCCUCACUGAGGUUCCGGUGCCCACCAGGUUUUUGUUUCUAUUACUGGGCCCUGCAGGCAAGGCUCCACAGUACCAUGAAAUUGGGAGAUCAAUAGCUACCCUCAUGACAGAUGAGAUUUUCCAUGAUGUUGCAUAUAAAGCAAAAGAUAGAAAUGACCUCCUUUCUGGAAUUGAUGAAUUUUUAGACCAAGUAACUGUUCUGCCUCCAGGAGAGUGGGACCCUUCUAUACGCAUUGAGCCACCAAAGAGUGUGCCUUCUCAGGAAAAGAGGAAGAUCCCCAUAUUUCCAAAUGGAUCUACACCUUCAUCAGGUGAGAUGCAGAAAGAAGAGGGCCAUCAUGCCGGACCAGAACUGCAGAGGACUGGCAGGCUUUUUGGUGGUUUGAUACUUGACAUCAAAAGGAAAGCACCUUUUUUCUUGAGUGACUUCAAGGAUGCAUUAAGCCUGCAGUGCCUGGCCUCGAUUCUUUUCCUAUACUGUGCCUGUAUGUCUCCUGUAAUCACUUUUGGAGGGCUCCUUGGAGAAGCUACAGAAGGCAGAAUAAGUGCAAUAGAGUCUCUUUUUGGAGCAUCGUUAACUGGGAUCGCCUAUUCAUUGUUUUCUGGGCAGCCACUUACAAUCUUAGGAAGUACAGGACCAGUUCUUGUAUUUGAAAAAAUAUUAUUUAAAUUCUGCAAAGAUUACAGUCUUUCCUAUCUAUCAUUACGGACCAGCAUUGGUCUCUGGACUUCCUUUUUGUGCAUUGUCUUGGUAGCAACAGAUGCAAGCAGCCUUGUGUGUUACAUCACUCGGUUUACCGAAGAGGCCUUCGCAGCUCUUAUUUGCAUCAUAUUUAUCUAUGAAGCAUUGGAAAAGCUCUUUCAUUUAGGAGAAGUCUAUGCUUUUAACAUGCACAAUGACCUAGACAAACUGACAUCCUAUUCAUGCUUAUGUACUGAGCCUCCAAAUCCUAGCAAUGAAACGCUCGAGAAAUGGAUCGCGAUGAAUCAGUCAUCACAGACGAUUUCAUGGGGCAACCUCACUGUUGAAGAAUGUAAACAAUUUCAUGGUGUCUUCCUGGGCCCAGCCUGUGGUCUUCACGGGCCCUAUAUUCCUGAUGUGCUCUUCUGGUGUGUUAUCUUAUUCUUCACAACGUUUUUUCUGUCAUCAUUCCUGAAGCAAUUUAAGACCAAGCGUUAUUUUCCUACCAAGGUCCGAUCGACCAUCAGUGAUUUUGCUGUGUUUCUCACAAUAGUAACUAUGGUUGCCAUUGACUACCUUGUGGGUGUUCCUUCUCCUAAACUUCACGUUCCUGAAAAAUUUGAGCCUACUCAUAAAGAGAGGGGUUGGCUCAUCAGCCCACUGGGCGAUAACCCAUGGUGGACAUUAUUAAUAGCUGCUAUUCCAGCACUGCUUUGUACUAUCCUCAUUUUCAUGGAUCAGCAAAUCACAGCAGUCAUCAUAAAUCGAAAGGAACAUAAGUUGAAGAAAGGAGCUGGCUAUCAUCUGGAUUUGCUCAUGGUUGGUGUGAUGUUGGGCGUUUGCUCAGUUAUGGGUCUACCAUGGUUUGUGGCUGCGACAGUUCUGUCCAUAAGUCACGUAAACAGCUUAAAAGUUGAAUCUGAAUGUUCUGCUCCAGGUGAACAGCCUAAGUUUUUGGGAAUCCGGGAGCAACGAGUAACGGGCUUACUAAUUUUUGUUCUGAUGGGCCUGUCUGUGUUCAUGACUUCUAUAUUAAAGUUUAUUCCAAUGCCAGUUCUCUAUGGUGUUUUUCUUUAUAUGGGAGUUUCUUCAUUAAAAGGCAUUCAGUUUUUUGACCGCAUCAAAUUAUUUGGAAUGCCCGCUAAACAUCAGCCAGAUCUAAUCUAUCUGCGUUAUGUGCCACUGUGGAAGGUCCACAUCUUUACAGUCAUUCAGCUCACCUGUUUGGUUCUCUUGUGGGUGAUCAAAGCUUCAGCUGCUGCAGUUGUUUUCCCCAUGAUGGUUCUUGCAUUGGUGUUUAUACGCAAACUAAUGGAUUUGUGUUUUACCAAACGAGAACUGAGCUGGCUUGAUGAUCUCAUGCCAGAAAGUAAGAAAAAGAAAGAAGAUGACAAACAGAAGAAGGAAAAGGAGGAGGCUGAACGGCUGCUUCACGCUGAUGACAGUGACACCGUGCACCUUCCCUUUGAAGGGGGGAGUCUCCUGCAGAUUCCAGUCAAGGCCCUCAAGUACAGUGUUGAUCCUUCAGUUGUUAACAUAUCAGAUGAAAUGGCCAAAACCGCCCAAUGGAGAGCCCUUGCCAUGAGCACCGAGAGCACCAAGGCAUCCAGGCCAAGCAUGAGCCCAGAAAAACCAGUGAGUGUGAAAAUAAAUCUCGAAGAUGAACCUACAAGGAAAUAUGUGGAUGCUGAAACUUCAUUAUAGAACUAAACCAAGAAGAAUUAUGUUGUGUAUGUGUGUGUUGUCUGUCUGUAUAGACUGUUUUUGGCUGCCAUACCACCAAAGUAUGACUCCGUACUUUUGAAAGUGUUUGACUUAUAUGUUAUGAGCACAGUAAUGACUGUAUAUAUAUGAUGAGGUGGGUCUUUUGUGAGUAAGGUACAUAGUUAUUAAUUAUCCUUUGAAUAUUUAUUCUGUUAGAAAAAUUAUUUUUCAGUUUUGAAAUAGGAAGAUGUGGGAAAAGCAUAAGUGUAUUUUUUUUCUUAAAAAUCUGUAUGUGUACCAAAAGUUAAUCCACCUUAGUUUAUAUUUGUCCGUAUAUUUAUUAUUGAGAGUUCUCUGUGAAUUUUAACCUGAGUUAUUUAAAAAUUUCACCUUUUCUCCAAUUACUGUUUUGAGUUUCAUGGAAAAAAGUGAAGUUUUUUUGUUGGUUUUUAUGAAACAAAACAUAGCAUGCCUGUUAGAUGACAAAUGGCAUCUUGGUUUUCCUCUGGUUUUGUGGAGUUCUUUAUGCAGGUGGCCAUGUUGAUAUUCCCCAGAGAUGGAUUUUUAGCCAUAGAGGUAAAUGUGAAAUAUUUAUUAGAACAUUUAUAUUUAUGACCUUCACUUUUUUUAAGAUAUAAAGAACAAUAACAGCAACAAAAAAUCCAUCCUCUGUUUUCUAGUAUAAUACUCAAGUAAAAGUGUAGGUGAUUUUAAAAUAUGCUUUUACCCCAUUCCAGUGUUAGCUACUCUGUCUACUCACAGUGAUCAUUUUAGACACUCUAAAACAACUAUUUUCGGUAGUUUGAAACAUAUGAGGCUUUACGGCAGUCUUUUUUUUUUUUUCAUGAAUCCUUGUGAUUACAGUAGAGCAUCAUAUACCUGUUAGCUGUUCUCUUCUUUGUAUGUCAAAGUUAGGAAAAAGUAUAAAAGACAUGUUCUCUCAUCCCAUAAAGCGUUUUUUGCUCUCAGUUUUUUAGAAUGUUUUAAUUUAGUAUCAGGUUCAAUUCUUGAUUAUUUUUCAUUUAAAAAGCAGUGUGAUUAAAUAAUCAGGAGUCAGAAUUCUGGAAUGGGUUUAUGAUCAGUAUUACUUUAUGGGCUCUUAAGAAUUACCUUGGAUUCUUUGUUUACAUUUCCAUUCUUUCCACUGUACAGAACAUAUUUAAUACAGUGCUAACCUUGGUUUUGUUUCUAAACAUUUUAUUUAUUUUAAUUGGUGUAAAGAUAAAAUUCUGUACAAAAAUUUAAGGUAAUGCAUAUACAGUAGAGUAAAUGUGGUAAUGUAAAUAGUUGGGGCUCUCUUAAAUUUAUGAUUAAUUCCCUGAAAGAAUACAGUUAACAGAUUUCGCAGAUUUGAUAUUAAACACUGCCAUGUUAGUGUUUUGAAGGAAAUUAAACAUUUUAUGUAAAGCUGAGACUAUUGAAGACAUACCUACUUAUGAUUUGGAUUACUAGUCUUUUUUUUUCUUUGUCUUUUUAAGUUCCUUUUUAUCCAACGUAGUAAAUCUUCUUGGUCAUCUUUUAUAUAAUCUUUGUUUGGAGUUAACUCCUAACAUGAAAUGAAUAAAUAUUGUUGUUACUAAACCUGUAGGACUGGAUGAAUGGGGUUGCGCAGCUGAUUUGGCAAGAGGACAAUUCACAAAAACCAAACAUGUUUUAAGUUAGUAUUGAAAGAUAUAAAAUGGUGGCAGUGACACAAAAAUCAAACUCAAUCUGAUAGUCUGAGAUUUCUUUAUAAGGAAGGUGGAGUAUGGAGGAUAGAACUUGCAGCACAUCAGAAAAGUGCUGUAUGAAUUGGAACCCACAGUGAUUUUUGGAACCAAGAGUAAAAGUAUGUUUCAGACUAUCCAAAGCUUGUUGGUUGACUGCUAUUUAAUGCACAAACAAAAAUGUGUCUCUUUUAUUAUUUAGCCAUUUUCUUCUGUGUGCUAUCUGUUUUUAGUUAACACAGAAAAAUCAUAAGAAGGAUAAUUUCUGCCUCAAAUGAAAGGUUAGAAAUGUAGCUUCCUUUUUUUAGAAAGCCAGAUUGCCAGCAUUAGCUCAUAUCUUUUUUGGUCCUCCUGAAUGAGGGAAGAGUGCUUAUUACUCUACCAUCAAUUGAUUCACAGAACAUUAUCCAUGGUGCUUGUAACUCACUGUGCUUCCAUUUAAAUAAUUCCUCUUUAUUUUCAACUGUAUAAUCAUUUACAGAGACCCAAAUAUUUGCUAUUCAUCUUAAAACUUUUUAAACAGCUUGUGUUGGGUGCUAGGAUUUCUUCAUAGCCUUCUGAACUUGGACACGGGACACCAAAGGGUUCGUAAUCCAGGCCAUUUUACUGGAGGUUAUUUUUAAAUUUAAAGGGAAAAGUACCCUGGGAUCAUAGUGUUUUAGUGAUUUUGUUUAAUUAUGUAAAGUAAUUACCUUGUGCCAGAAAAACCAUGAAUUUCAAAACACUUUACAUUCAAAAUCAUUUUUCCAUGUUCUUCAUAGUUGUUAUUUUCUGCUUCGUCUCAAUUACUUUGACAAAUAAUAUGACCUGAUACGAGUACUCUAUAAAAGACCACUGGUAACUCAUGUUUAAGUAAUUUACUACUUAAUUUACUUUAUUUUAAAUGUUAUUUCCUUCACUGUUUUAAAAAGAAAAAUCAUGGACAGAAUAUGCAUUCUAAGGCAGUGAAGGACAAGACUUGGUUUGUGUAGAUAAAAAUGUUGCCUUAAUGGGUGUAAAUGAGCAGUAGUAAUUACUACGCACUGAUUUA